GCAAAAGAUAGAUGGUUAGCAUUUGAGGAUGACUCACCUCAGAAGAAUUCAAAACGAGAACGCAAGAGUUUUUUUCCUCAAAUUGAAGAAGCUGUAUCUUUAUGGGCGGAGCAGGCAAUUCAAGAUGGUAUCACCUUUAAUG